CUCUCUCUACGGACAAUGGCUGCCGCCUGCAAAGUUGGGCACCGAGAAAGUGACGCCGCCGCUACUCUCGAUGUUCGCGCGGGUGCCUCGGCGAGUGAAUCGUCCCGAGCGAGUCAACAAGGCGUCGAGGCAGCGCUGACAUCGGCGCGCGUUCAGUGCACAGUCGAGUGAGCAUGUCGUCGUCGCGGUUGUCGUCGCUUGGACCGCGCGUCGAGUCAGUCGAAGGACGCUGCUGCUGAGGGGGGCUCUCCCCAUUUCCUGCGGCGGAUGCGACAGCGGCCCAUUUCCUGCCCGACACGCCCGCGAUCCUGACCCCGUCAUGACGGCCGACUACAAGAAGUCGGCCGGCAAGCGAGAGCUGCUCGGCCUCUUCGAACAGCAGGUCAAAGACAUUCGGCAGCAGCUUGGAGAGCAGCUCAAGUGCCUGGAUGUGCGGCUAGAGACGCAGUUGGCGUUGGUGUCUGAGAUGCAGGAUUACUUUCGGCGCCGUGCCGAGGUAGAACUGGAGUAUUCGCGCACCCUGGACAAGAUGGCACGGGCCAUUGCAGUGCGCCACCGGUCCGAGCGACCUCGGCGCGAGCUCUGGCCGCUCUUCUCGUCGCACGGCUGCUGGGAGCAGCUGGUGAAUAAUGCGCGCCGCCAGAGCCGCGACCACGCUGCCCUGGCCGAGGUGUAUGGUGCGACACUCGUGGCUCAACUGGCACACCUGCUUGAGGAUGUGCAGCGCAUCUACCGCAAGUGCCGGGGAAUAGGAGCGCAACAGCACGAAGAGCUGCUCAAAGUUCUGCACGAGCUGCAAGCGGCCAUGAAGACGUACCACGUGUACUGUGCUUCAGAGGAGCAGGCCCGUGCCAAAAUGGAGUUGGUGGCUGGCCAGAAGCGACGCCUGGAGGCAGUCGUGGCUCGGGAGAAGCUGGAGCGCAGCAAGCGCUUCCGGGUGGUGGCCAAGGAGCUGGCCAAGCGGGCCGCCAAGCACCGGGAGACACGCCUGCAGUGCCUCAAAGCCCGCAACGAGUACUUGCUGGCCCUGGGCGCUGCCAAUGCAGCUGCCCACAAGUACUUUGCCGAGGACCUCUCCGACCUGGUUGAUUGCAUGGACUUUGGCUUCCACAUGUGCCUGUCGCGCGCACUACGUACCAGCUGCAACGCGGAGGAGUGCUUGCAGCGGUCGCUGCAGCAGGGCUGCCAGGCACUGGCGCAGCGUAUCGCUGACCUAGACUCUCGUGCUGACAAGCAGCGCUUCCUGGAGGGGCACCACAACGCAUUCAUGGUGCCACGUCGAUUUGCCUUCCAGCCUCACCGUGCUGAUGCAGAGCCCCAGCAGGUGAGCUUGGAGCACCCGAUGGAGGAGGAGCUGGAGCAGCGGCUGGGCCAGCUGAACAAGCGCCUGACGUCCCUGUGCACGGAGAACGACGAGGUGUGGAAGACUCUGGAGACGGCCGAGAGCUCGCUUCUCGACAUGAUGGCUGCACGCGAGAUCGACUGCCGGCCUUUGUUCGAGGAGAGUCCCGCUGCACGGCCCCCACCGCAGCCCGAGACCCUGGCGCUCAAACUACGAGCCGACAAGCAGGAGACUGAGGACUUCUAUCUCGAGAAGUUCCGGACGUACAGCCUGGGCUGCAGUGUGGCGGCACGCCUGGAAGCCAAGGCAGAGCUGCUGCGGGCAGCCCUACAGCGCGAGGGGCUCGACACAAAGACACAGACGUUGCGGCCCCACUCACGGCCUGCUGCCCGCAAGAAGCGCAUCGGCCGCCAGGCUGCCCUAGCAGCCCGACACGGUGGCCAGCCUCGGCUGUUCGAAGGGAGCCUCGAGGAAUACCUGGAGGCCACUAACCAAGAGGUUCCACUCAUCAUACGGAGCUGCGUGCGGGUCAUCAACCUGUACGGCCUGCACCACCAGGGCGUGUUUCGUGUUUCUGGCUCCCAAGUUGAAAUCAACCACUUCCGGGAUUGCUUUGAACGCGGGGAGGACCCAUUGGCAGAUGUGUCGGACGCAAGUGACAUCAACUCGGUGGCUGGUGUGCUGAAGCUGUACCUCCGCGAGCUCCGUGAACCCCUGUUCCCCAUCUUCUACUUUGACCAGCUGAUGGAAAUUAGCCAGUUCGAGUCCAAAGAAGAAUUUGUAGCCAAAGUACGGGAUGUUGUCCAAAGCUUCCCAAGACCUGUAUUUGUGGUGCUUCGAUACCUCUUUGCCUUCCUUAACCAUUUGUCAGAGUUCAGUGAUGAGAACAUGAUGGACCCCUACAACCUGGCCAUCUGCUUUGGCCCGACACUGAUACCCAUCCCUGAGGACAAGGACCAAGUCCAGUACCAGAAUCUUGUCAAUGAGCUUGUCAAGGGCCUCAUUGUGCACCAGGAGCAAAUCUUUCCCAAUGACGGUGGGCUCGUCUAUGAAAAGUACAUCAGCGCUGAGGCGCCAGAAGACACGGAUGAGCUGCCUGUGGAACCAGUGGUCGAGCCUGCAGGAGCCUCCCAGAGCUCUGAUGAAGAUGCCCUGUCGAGUGAGCCUGACAUCUCCCUGUUUGGAAGGUCAGACGUCCUAGAAGCAACAGCACAGUACGACUUUGUGGCACGGUCAGAGCGCGAGCUGUCUUUCCGGCGGGGCGACCGGCUGGUGCUCUACAGCCAGGUGUCAGCGGACUGGUGGCGGGGCCACUUUGAUGGAAAGGAUGGUCUUGUGCCCGACAAGUACAUCUUGCUCAGCAUCAGGGACGAUGACGCGCCACCCACAGCCAUGGAUGCAGUGGCUAGCCUGGAUGCUUAUGACAUCAGCCAGGAGUCUUCAAACCAGGAGCUGGCGCGCGACCUUGACACUGCAUUGGCUCGGGUGCAUGUCUCCAUCGACAGCAUCGAGCGCAGCCACGCACCGGACCUGGUACAAGACCUGCCCGACGACAUGACAGCGGCAGAGCGCUUUGCCCUGUCCAACCAAUGCACGCUCAAGAAAGGUCCCGCUGCCAGCAGUGCCUUGAGAGAAUGAAUUUUCACAAAUGUGCCGCUUUUAUUAUUUUUUUAUUGGGCUUCAGCCAUGCACCUCCGCAAGCGGGGGCAGCGCCUUCUCCAACGCCGCCCCCGCGCCCUGUCCCGGAGCUGUUCCGCAUGUGUCCGCUGUCUGCUGCACAGCUGUGCCCAGGUGGUGAGCGAGGUUAUUCCAGAACGGCAUGCCCUGCAGCUGCACCCUG